CAUCAUGGUUGAUAUUAAAUCUACUUCGAACGCCGUAUGGUGGAUAAAAAAUCCGUCACAACACAAACGUCGCCACGAGUCGUUGGGUAGCAAAUUCAGCAAGGAUAUGACAGAUUUAUUUAGCAAUAUAUCUUUGCAUGCUUACAAUAAAUUUGUCGAUUCGGGAUUAUUUUCAUAUGAGAAAUUCAUUUGGCUGUGUGUCCAUGUCACCAUUCUUUGUUUUAUGUGCGUCGCAUUGACAUACACUUGGGAUCAAUUUGUCCUUCAACAUUUUUCCAUCAAUUUGUAUGACCCAUUGUAUCCAGUGCAGAAUGUUCCGUUUCCGGCUGUAUCAAUCUGUUCGAAUAAUCGCAUUUCACACAAGGCGGCUCUGCAAUAUGCUCAGGAAUUAUCCAAGGUGGAUCCUUAUAAUCGUUCGGUGGAUUUUUUCAUGAAACGCAUCGCCUACUUUAAUAGUUUCUAUUUUAGACACGACAAAUUGGAGAGUCAUUUGGAUUACAGAGAAUUUCAGAAAUUUCUUGAUCAUUAUGGAACGGACGACAAUGAAACAUUUUAUAAUAUGCUGAAGAUAAUGCAAAGGCUUACACCGAAAUGUGAAGAUUUCAUAUUGGCCUGUAUGUUGGGCGCCAAAAGAGUUAAUUGCUUUGAAGAGCAGACAUUUCAGACCCAAUUGACACAGUAUGGACCUUGUUGUAUGUUCAACUCAAAUGAUAGUUACAGAAAACGUACAUAUCGCACACGAUUCUCCGGCUCUGGCAUGGGCCUGAUUGUCGUCUUGAACACAAGCCAUGCUGAUGAUAUGGCCAGUCUAUUGAAUAUGGAUGGCUAUGCUGUUAUUGUACACUCACCAAAUCGAUAUCCGGAAAUAUCUUCGGGUAGUAGUUUGGAAGUAUUUCCCAUUAUCAACGAAGAGACUUUUAUUGGUUUGAAGGCACGUGUUUUGGAUAGUAGCGAUGAUUUGAGAUCAUUUGCGGCAUCGCAUCGCAAAUGUUAUUUCGAUGAUGAAGUUCCGCUGAAUUAUAAUAAUAAAUAUUCAAUGCAAAAUUGCAUCACACUUUGCCGAGCGCGUAGCAUAAUGGCUCUAUGUAAUUGUAUACCAUUCUAUACGCCAUUGUCGCUGGUGCAUGAUAUGAAUGGGGUGCCAUUUUGUACCCUGGGUAAUAUUGAGUGUAUGCAGCAGUAUAAAUUCAAAUGGCGUAAUGCUUUAACGGAACACAUUAAAAUUCUCGGUUUGGAACGGGUUGUAUACGUUUUGAUAACAAUCAUACGCCUAUGGUUGAAAUCUUUCAAAUGGCGUAAUGUUUUAACGGAACACAUUAAAAUUCCCGGUUUGGAACGUGAAAAUGAAGAAGCUCUUCUUUGUCCCCAAUGUUUGCAAUCAUGUGAUGACGUCAACUAUGACAUCUCAAUGAUGUCAUUACCGGCUGAUCGUUUUUCAUUGCCCAAGGGUGUGGAGUAA